GAAAAUAAACAGGGGUGUCAACCGUGGGGUUUCGGCUGUCACCGUAUAUAAGAGAGGACCUCAGUGAUCGCAUAUACUGCGACUGCUGAAGUUAGACUGGAUUGGAGCUCGGUUUGAGAAAACGUCUUGCUAGCAUCUCCACCCAGUAGGCUUGUAUACAACUGGUCUUCUCAACGAUAGCAGUCCACAGGAUGACUCAAAGGAACUUGCUGCAACCCUCCGCAGUAGCUCUGUUUCUUCUCCUGCCCUGGUUCGGUGAACUGGUCGCUGGAGAGAUCAGCAGGGACUUCAACAACUGCCUUGAUUUCUUCUACAACAGAUUUCCACCAUCAGGCACAAGAGCGGUAGGAUACCAGCCAAUAUGCCAGCGCUACAAAAACCAGUACCGCUUUGCCAGCCUGUAUCACCGCACGCAUCGCACCCCAUUGUACUCUGCGUACGUACUAAGUCCUGCAGACGGCAAACGGCCCAAUGCCACUUGGAUGUAUGAACCACAGUUGGCGUUUUCCGGUGCUCACCCUGAGAUGGAGCCUUUCCACAUCCCCGUUGACCAGAAUGUGAUUGAAAGCCAGGCGGUGCUGCAGGACUACAGGAACUCCAGCUUCACCAAGGGCCAUCUCAAUCCCAGCAUGCACCAGAAGACAGCAGAAGACAGAGAAGCCACGUUCACCCUGACAAACAUUGUCCCUCAAAAGGCAGGCUCCAACUCUGGCCCCUGGAGCAGACUGGAGAAUGACGUGUUGAAAAAAUUCACCACUUAUUGCGAAGGCCCAAUGUACGUGAUCACAGGGGCCAUGCCUUACAAGUCAAACAUACCACUGAUUAAUAACAGGGUGUCUGUCCCCGAGUACAUGUGGUCCGCCUACUGCUGCCCAUCAUACAAAUCAGGCCUUCCUCAGUCUGUGCAGCAGUUUUUUCCCACGUAUGCUGCAGUGGGAAGAAAUGACCCGAACAGCGGAGAAGAGAUUGUGCCAGUAAACGUGAGGGCAAAGGCAGCGGUGCGGGGCUAUGAUGUGAGGCGGAUGUCUUUAGAGACUCUGGAGGGCAUACUGGUGGACAGGCUGGCCAUGCCCAUCAGUCUGUUUGAUGGAGGCUGUCGGGAAUAAAGGGCCCUGUUAAAAAUCAAUUGUUAAUUUCUUUGCAGCCUUCUUACAGCCUGACCAGACCUUCUCUCUGUCCUCAUUUACUCUCUGUCGUUUUAGUAACUGAAUCAAGGUUGGAGUCACUGGGACUUGAUGAUUGUCUCAUGAUGGUGCAAAAUGAUUUUCCCUUGUGAUUGAUUUUGUAAAAUAGCCAUAUUGCCUUUUUCUUACUGAAAUCUUGUAACAUGUAUUAGCGUCAAUACUUUUCAAUAAAACAAGACAAAAAAGUGGAUGAAAAAUCUUUUGAAAUGUAAAUGUUAUUUUUAGGUUAAUAAAACAAGACGAAAACAACUGAUUAAUGCUAAAUGUUUUAUUUCUCACUGACAGUUCCGACAAGGAACAACUAAUAUAUCAGUUGAUAACAACUUCAUGAUAUAGAAUUGUUUUUCGUCAUCAUCAGUCAUUAGAUGAUCAGGAAAGCACCUGGGCCCGAUGAGAAGUCCAUCCUCCUUCAACUGCUCAAAAAUCACCACAGAUCAUCAAGGAAACUCCCGGGCCUCUGUCCUGACAUCUGUGUGAAGGCCUCUCUGAGUAAUAACCCCCGACCACA